UGUGUGUGCUCCCCUCGCCUGUAAGCAUUCAAAUACCUGCUGUCCGUCGGCGUGACACUCCAGAUGUGUCUGGCAACGGGAAGACGGUCCAGGAGCAAAUAUCGGCAUGCUCGGUCCUGCCCGUCCCCCGCGUCCCGCUUGGCCUGCAUGCACGUUUUCUCCAGGAAGGGCCUCGCGCCAAGGGUCACCGAGCACCGACAGUCUCCUUCCUCCGGGCCGCAAUUAAGGCCGGCUCGGGAGAUUUUUAGCGAGAAGUCGGACACGUCCGCACGCAGUCUCGCUCUGGCGUUUACUGGCGCAGCUUCUCCGCUCGACUCGCAUCUAUUUGCCUCCCAAGACGCGUGCGGUGGUCGGGAGCCGGGCCCUCGGAGCAGAAUGAGGGAAGCCUGGACGUACUUGCUGUGCUUGAGCCUCCUGGCGGGCUCGGCGGGGUCGCACGGCGCCAACAACCCCUUCGCCGGACAGCAGACCCCCGCGGACCCUUGCUACGACGACGCCGGCGCGGCCCGCCGUUGCAUCCCCGAGUUUAUCAACGCCGCCUUUGGCAAGGAGGUGGCGGUGUCCAGCGUGUGCGGGCGCCCGGCGUCCCGCUCGUGCAGCGUGGUGGAGCGCGGAGACGAGCGGCCGUCGGUGCGAACGUGCCAGAUCUGCGACGCCGCCGACCCCCGGCGCGCCCGCCCGCCUUCCUACCUCACCGAUCUCAACUCGGCUCACAACCUGACCUGCUGGCAGUCGGAGAACCUCAACACCUCGCCGCACAAUGUGACGCUAACGCUUUCCCUGGGCAAGAAGUUUGAGAUCACCUACGUCAGCUUGCAGUUCUGCUCGCCCAGACCGGAGUCGCUGGCCAUCUACAAGAGCAUGGACUACGGCAAAACGUGGACGCCCUACCAGUUCUACUCGUCGCAAUGUCGCCGCGUGUACAACCGGCCCAACAGAGCCGCCAUCACCAAGCAGAACGAACAAGAGGCUCUGUGUAGCGACGGCCACACGGACCUCUACCCGCUCUCCGGAGGCCUCAUCGCCUUCAGCACCUUGGACGGACGGCCGUCCGGCAAAGACUUUGACAACAGCCCGGUCCUCCAGGACUGGGUGACCGUCACGGAUAUCCGCGUGGUCUUCACCCGGCCCCAGCAAUCGCGGGAGCCGGGACCGGCCGGGCGGGACGAAGACCCCGCGGCGGCGGCGGCGCCCGCCACGCUGCCGGCGUACUUCUACGCGGUGGGCGACUUCCAAGUGGGCGGGAGGUGCAAGUGCAACGGCCACGGUGCGCGCUGCCUGAAAGACAAGGAAGGCAAACUGGUGUGCGACUGCAAGCACAACACGGAAGGGCCCGAAUGCGACCGCUGCAAGCCCUUUCACUACGACCGGCCGUGGCAGAGGGCCAGUGCCCGCGAGGCCAACGAAUGUCUGCCGUGUAACUGCAACCUCCACGCCCGGCGCUGUCGUUUCAACAUGGAGUUGUACAAACUUUCGGGGAGGAAGAGCGGAGGCGUGUGCAUGAACUGUCGCCACAACACGGCCGGCCGCCAUUGCCACUACUGCAAGGAAGGCUUCUUCCGAGACAUGGCCCGACUAAUCACUCAUCGACGGGCUUGCAAGGCCUGCGACUGCCACCCCGUCGGAGCAGCGGGUAAGACGUGCAACCAGACCACAGGUCAGUGCCCCUGCAAAGAUGGCGUCACCGGCAGCACCUGCAACCGCUGCGCCAAGGGCUACCAGCAGAGCCGAUCUCCCGUGGCCCCUUGCAUCAAGAUCCCCGUGGUGAACCCCACAGCUGUGGUGAGCAGCACAGAAGAGCCAGCAGAUUGUGAGUCUUACUGCAAACCGGUGAAGGGGAACUUGAAGAUCAACAUGAAGAAAUACUGCAAGAAGGAUUAUGCGGUGCAAGUGAACGUGCUGGACAUGGAGACGGUCGGCGACUGGGCCAAGUUUUCCGUCAACGUCAUGUCCGUGUACAAGAGUCGCGGCGAGCCCUUAAAACGAGGCGACAACAUCCUGUGGGUGCACAUGAAGGAUUUGGCCUGCAAGUGUCCCAAGAUCCAAAUGAGCAAGCGCUUCCUGGUUAUGGGCGGCAGCGACGGCGGGACCGGCUCGGGGCCCGGGGUCGGGACCUCCAACCCGGAACGUGCUGGGCUGCUGGCUGAUAAAAACAGCCUGGUGAUCCAGUGGAGGGACGUUUGGACGAGACGACUGAGGAAGUUCCAGCGCAAAGAGAAGAAGGGCAAGUGCGGCAAAGCCUGAUUGGACGGCGCCGUGGAAACUUAACCCCGCCCCCUUUUCCAUUACGGGACAUGACCAAGACUGCAUGUACCCGAGGACCACAUUUUGUGUAUAUUGUAUAAUUAUUUUCCUUUUUAUUUUUUAUUUGUCACAUCUUUCUCCUCCAACGGUUUGCCUUAAAAAGGGACCGCUAAGGGUACAAAGUUCCCGCCCUCGCUGACGACGUUGGAACCUUCCGCUCCGUUUCCAACCACUGCAACAAUGAAAUCCAAGGAAUCACAACCUUUUUUUUUUUUUGGGAUACCAGACAUCAGGAGGAACUUUUUUUUAAUCAAGUCUUUGGAAUUUUCCACAACUGCCAUCAGACUGGACUUAUUCAAGUUGACAUUUCUGAAGGCCACAUGGUUGGACCCUCAGUUUCUGAAGGACGCCUAAAGUGUCAUGUGACUGGCAGACAGAAGCGAGCGGAGCUGACUAUUUAGUCUGAAUGAACGAGGCUGGAACGUUCGUGGAGAGCAUACCGUACUAGAACACGAGACUAUCGCGUUUCAAUCCUACAAAGUUUUGUCAUGUUUGCAUGUUUGUGGUUUGUGCUGGUCCAUCAAAGCCCCCCCCCCCCCCCCCCCCCCAUCCACCCAACCCACCCACCGCUCCAGAACCAAACCGUUGCCAGCAUCCAAAAAAAAAAGUUAUCUCCCCCUGUCAUCCUUUGCCAAAUGAGCACAGUCGGAGUUUUAAACCUAAUUAAGAGACUCUGAAAGUCAAGAGAGGAGGAAAAAAAAAAGUCUGGUCGCUCUCCAGGUUUUCCUCCGCCUUUCAUUCUGUGAAAGACAUCAUUGCAAUGUCUCGCUAUAAGCUAAACAAGAAUCUGAAGUUUGCGUCGAGCUGGCGCGGCGGCCAUCUUGCUGACAGGCAUGUCUUGAAAGUUGUUUGGCUGCGGCCGCAUGUUUGGCUUGUCGUUCUUCCAAAAGACUCUCCUCUGCUGCGUAUCGGCCAAGCCCCCCAUCACUCCCCCCCGCCCCCAGGAGCCAUUUUUGCAUGUUAUGUAUUGAGUGUCUUUGAUAAGUGAGUUGGAGAUUGCCAAAUACGCUCAGUGGCGCACUGUACUCCUUUCCCGUCAAAUGUCCGUCAAACUCUACCCCGCCCCCUUACAGCAACGACGUGAAGAUAAGAGCUGGCCAGAUGUUUUCUCGUCCUUUUUAGCGAAAGCCGUCAUGUUGUUUAACGAGGCCUAAAGCUUGGCAAUGGAAGCCGGUCCCCUUUCGUGCUUUGUUGCUUUCGCCGCCACUUUUUAUUGCGCUUGCAGGUGUGUGUGAGAAUACAUCCAUGUGUGUGUGUGUGUUAGUCCACGCAAGUAAACAAGUGAUAUGCACAUCACAGAAUGUUUUCUACGACAAACGUCCUAUUGUAAAUAACUCGGGGGGGCGGGGGGUGGACGUAAAGAUGUGACACGGGGAUGCUUGAGCUAAGCCCCGCCUCUUUCUGUUGGAUGAAUGUCUCGUCCCCAUUUCUAUAUCCGAGUCUUCCUCGAGGCAACGAACCACUGACUUUUUCAUCUAAGUGAUACAAAAUAAAUUAUUAGUUAAUGAGC